AUGGCUCUCUGUGUUUGUAAAUGUCUUAAUGUAACGCUCGAAGGUGAUAUACUAGAAGAUAAUAUCGAUAUUGAGAAAUUGAAGUUAACAUCUACGGAACAAAGGGAUAUUUUUUUUAGUGAGAAAUUGCUGUCAAGUCCUAUAGACAGUUUAAAAACACAAAUAGCGCAGCCGGCACUGGUGGACCGGCGGUCAGUAGAUAGAUGGGUCGUCCACUCUUGCCUGGCGUGUGGACAACCAAUGCAUGCGAUAUCACAUGACAAAAAUGGACCUUAUGCAUUGCUUCUAUGCAAAGUAAAUCAGACAACACAAGAGCGGAUUAAUAACUUGAAAAAGUCAAACACUUAUUCACCAGUAUUUAACUUAUUAGUGCCAGAAGUAACAAAUGAAUUUGCUAUGAAAGAGAAUGUGGAUAUUAAUAACUUCAAAUACAAUGAAAAGAAUGUGUGGCUACCCACUCAGCAGGUGAUCACCACAUUAAGCAAACAGCUUCAGCAAACCUUAGCUUCUCAGUUGGAGGCUGUUGAAGAGGUUGUCACACAGUUCAGGGAACAGAAGUAUGCUGAAUUUGAAGCUUACCGAGAAAGGGCACAUAGAGAUCAUAAAAUUCUAGCUAGUAUAAUAAAUAAAGCAUGCAGUACUGCUGAGCGUGAGAACUUGCGGGUUGACACCACACUGGAUAAUGGUCCACCUUCACCACAGCAUCCUCCUGUACUCAGAAGAAGACUCUCCUCCUUCAAAGAUGCCAAAAAACUACCACAAAAUACUAUUAAGCCUAAAAGACACAUGCCAUCAGAAGAAGAUUCGUUGGAUCCUGAAGAUUUGUUUGACAUAGAAGGCACCGACUCUCACCACAAUAUGCUUUCUGACCAAGACGAUUACGACUCUGACCUGGAAGGCAGCAAUGAUGAAGGUAUUCACAUAACUCGUCCCCGCGGCGGUGGUGUCGAAGCCAUCGCGCGUUCUCUUCCUAUGAAUAUGCCAAAGUUCCCUAAUGAACGCUCUACGCACAGAGAAUAUGAUGAUGACGAGGAGCCACAGGAUAUAGCAGCUAGCAUCAAAGCGCUGGCGCGUUCCGUGCACGGCGACGUGUUUGAAUUGCCGAGACCGCGAUUCUCUACACAGAUCUAG